UGAGAAAAAUAUGCUGAAUUUGUUAAUGAAAUUUGUGAGUUUGCAAGAUGGCGGUUCAAAAGGCGUCAACUCCUCUAGCCCGAUCGCAUCACGGUUGUUCGCAGUUGAUGCGAGAUCAAAACCGCCAUGACAGUUUUUACAUGUCUAUGGAAUAAAUGUCUGUUGGCGUAACUACCUUUUCGAUUUUAAUCGAUAUGAAAAAUAUUGAAAAUCCGCUGAAUUUUCAAGUAAUUGCCGCGUUUCGCGAUAUUUUUCCAGUUUAUUCAAUCAGGAAAUCAACACUUGAACAAUAGAAUUUUCUAUACAUGCUGAGAAGAGAAAGAAAACUAGUGACAGCGGGGGGAUUCGAUGUCAUGCGCAGGGUGGCCGGACGAUAUCCCACCAUAGACAUAGUGGUGGAAUGUACGCGGUGGAGGGACAUUAUUGUGCCACUGUGUGCCUUUAAUAGAGUAUUAUUCUCAGUUUGUGUGAAAAUUUCUGCUAUUGCCGUAUUUAAUAUGGAAUCAGAUAAUGACAAUUGCAUUAAUAAACCUGGGACCAGUUCUAUGCCACGCAGUAUCAUGAACAUUGGAACUUUUACAGAUAUUUACAGUGACAGAAGUAUUGGCACCAUGGAUCCACCAUGUAUGAAGAAAGCAAAAAGGAUGCAAUUUGUUAAUGUCUGACUUAAGAAUUCUACUUUUUCAUUCUGGCUAACAAAAAUUAAGGGAUGUUGUUACAAGACAAAGUGCACAGUGUGUAUAACAGUGCAACUCACCGUGAGAAUAUGAAUAAAGAUUCUGAGAGCAAGGAUGAGGAUCAGAGACUAGUUCUAUAUGCCUAUAAACGUAUGGUGAAGCGAGCAAAAAUUCUACACGCACCCGAUAUUAUAGAGAGCACAGUAGGAACUUGCAAUCGUUUGUACAUUAUACGGAUAUGCUGUCUGAUGCAUCUCUGCGCGAUAAUAUAGCACAAAAAAUAAUCAAAAUGACCUUAAGAUUGCCACUAGAUGAUACAUUUAUAUUUAGCCGUGACUCUCGAUAUUAGUAAGCAUGAAAAUCAUGGUUACAAUAUAUUGUAGGAAGGUUAGAAUCUUAAACUUCUAGGUGAUAACACCUAUGAGAUAUUAAAUGAGUGACGUCGUUUAGGAAUGUUCCCUCUACGAAUUAAAGAAAGUAUAGUGAAUUUAGAAGUCGAACAAUUUUGGCCAAGAGAUUUGCUUAAUGAGAGAAUAUAAUUGUAAAAAUAUUGUAACAGCGGCAAUGAUGUGUUUUCAUCAUUGCCACAUUCAAAUGUUUUAGUAAAAAAAAAUCAGGCUUUCGGAAUACAAAUACAAAUUGGUUUACUUAUGAAAUAACAGAUAGCACGUAUAAAUAUGUCAACAACAAUGUAUAUAAAAGGGAGCUAAUUUCACAGGAACUAAGUAAUGUUAUUAUAAGUGAGGACAUCGAAUCAAAAAAUGCCGACGACUGAACAUAUUUUUCAUAUGUUUAUUUUUUAAUGUCUAUUUAACUAUUGUAUAUGUAUAUAUUUUGUAUAGCUUUGUAUGUUAUUUUAUAUGUAUGGUUCCGUAUAUUAUUUUGUAUGUACAGCUCUGUAUAUUUUCGUCUAUGUAUGUUUGUGUUUCUAUAUUCUAUGAACUAUUCAUAUUUCUUCGGUUCACAGAAACAUAAAAUUUGCCAAUAAUAAAUAACUUUUUAUAUUUCA